AUGUCUGCCACGCUAUCCAAGAACACUUCUCUGCUUAAGUUGAACACGGGCGCGACAAUUCGCGCCAUUGGGCUCGGAACAUGGAGGUCCGCGGCUGCCACGGACGCUUACGAUUCUGUCAUCGCCGCCUUGCGGGCUGGGUACAGGCACAUUGACACCGCGGCCAUCUACGGCAACGAGGCAGAAGUGGGGAGGGCCAUCAGGGAGUCUGGUGUCCCGCGGGGGGAGAUCUUCGUGACCACGAAGCUGUGGUGCACGCAACACAAGGAACCGGAGCUGGCGUUGGACCAGUCGCUAAAACGGUUAGGGCUGGACUACGUCGACUUGUACUUGAUGCACUGGCCCGUGCGGAUGAGGGGCGAGAACAUGCCCGAGGGCGACAAGAUCGGCUUCCCCACGCUCCCCAACGGGAAGCGUGAUAUCGACAUCACCGACUGGAACUUCGUCAAGACGUGGGAGUUGAUGCAGAAACUACCGGAGACGGGCAAAACAAGAGCUAUUGGGGUGUCCAACUUCUCUAUCAACAACCUGAAGGACUUGCUCGCCUCUCCAGGGAACAAGAUCGUCCCUGCUGCCAAUCAAGUGGAAAUGCACCCACUGCUGCCUCAGCAGGAAUUGGUCGAUUUCUGCCACGGCAAAGGUAUUGUAAUUGAGGCGUACUCUCCCUUGGGGUCUGCUGACGCUCCCAUUUUGAAGGAACCAGUCAUCAUCGAGAUCGCGAAGAAGAACGGUGUGAGCGCAGCACAGGUCGUCAUUAGCUGGAACGUACAGAGGGGUUACAUCGUCUUGCCAAAGUCUGUUAACAAGGAGAGAAUCGAAGCCAACCUGCUGACAUUCACUCUUACAAGUGAGGAUUUCGAGGCCGUUAACAACAUUUCGAAAGUUCAAGGGACCAAGAGAAUUAUCGACCCAGACUGGGAGCCAUUCAAGCCUUUCGUGUAA